AUGAAAUCCGAACUAAUUUAUCUUUUAAUUUUCCAGAUCGUCCAAUCUCAACUUCUCGUAGACUUGUAUUAUAGCUCAGAUACAGAUCUCGAAUUUAAGUCAUAUAUGCAUGAAAAGCUCAAUGAAAAUUAUCAAAGUCAAAUAGAAGUCAGAGAAAGCCUUAUAAACUCGGCAAUUGAUUUGAAUAAUUUUACAAAAAGUCCAAAUGUUAUUGUAAAUUUAACUUUCAGCACUUCAAUUUUAGCAUAUAUAAAAGAUUUUACAGUUGAAAAUAAUAUAAUUUUGAUUUUAAUUCAGGAGUUUUCUAGCUCUUAUAACGACUGGCAAUUUUUUAGCCAUUUAUCCCAGCAGGACCAUAAAACUGCUCUUAGCUGUUUAGUCUCUUUUUUUAAUUGAGACCAAUUUUUAAUAAUUUCGAGCAAUUUAGAUGAGAACUUUAACGACAUAUUCUCAGUUAAAAAAUUUGAUGUUUUCCAUUUUUCAGAAACCAGUGAUAAAAAUCUCGUUGAUUUAUUUGUUGGUAAAAAAAUAAAACCGGCAGGGAUCAGGAAUUUGGUCAUUUUAAAUCAGGGAGAAACUACUGAUAAAUUAUUGAAAAGCCUUGUGGAUAAAAGUAUUUUCCAAAGCGGAAGCGGGAUUAUUUUAGGAAGCCGCAGCACAUGGAAUGCAAUGUUAGAUGGAGUAGUGAGUUAUACUGAGUCAGGCUUAGAAAAUGCCACUGAUAAUUAUAGCUAUGAAGCUUUAGCAAUUGUAAAAAUAUUGGACUUGAUACUUAGCUUUUCAGAUUAUUCUAAUGCUUUAGCUCUUAGAUCAUUUUUAGAGAGGAAUACAGUCAAUCAUUAUUUACCUGGAAAUUUUACUGUAAUAAAUAUCCAAAAUUCCCAAAAAGUCAAUAUUGGUAGCAUUUCUCAAGGCUCCUUAACAUUUGCUAGCAAUCCAAUAUUUCCAGGAAAUUCCACCCUUAUUCCCAAUUCCCCAUAUACAAAUGUCUCCCUAUGAAUUGGAGAUGGGGCCACAAAUCCUCUUGGAGUUCCUGAUAGUUCUUUCACUGUAGUCAAGGAUGGUGCGAAAUAUGCCUUUAAGACUGCAGAAGACACCCAUUUUCUUGAUGGUUUUAAAAUUGUCCUUGUCCAUGUAGACUGUGGAGCCGAAGCAUACGAUCCGACAUUUUCUCUAAAUUGUUUUAAAAAAUUAGUAAAUGUGCCAGGAAUUGUGCAUCUGGUGCAUCCAUUCGCAACUACUGCCUUAGGGGACAUUAUUUCAAUGCGUGCACUAAAUAUUACAAUGCCUAUUGUAGCUGAUCACGUAACCUUCGGAGCCCUUUCAAAUAAAACAGAAUACCCUUUAUUUGUAAAAAUAGCUGGGAAUGAUUUUUAUAGGAAUAGCGUUUUAGCUGACUUAGUCGUCAUUUUUGGGUGGAAAAAUGUAAUUAUAGUUCCAGAAAAUAAUACUCCCAGUAUACAAACUUGUGCUUAUCUAAAAAAGCGCAUGGAAGCAGCCAAUGUUAAUGUUGUAAAUAAGCUUGAAGAUACGAUGAUUAUGGAUAAUUACAACCACAAUUAUUUUGAUGAGCAUAAAGAUAAAAUGAUUGGCCUGCUAAAGUACAAAACUAGACCGAUUAUUUUAGCUGUUACUCCUCCAUCUAUUUUUUAUUAUACAGAAGACUUAUACAAUGUAGGAAUUCGUCGGGGAGACCUGAUUAUUAUGGUCCCGAGUAAAAUUGCGUUUGCAUAUACAACUAUGCCUAUUAAGACUAUGCUGGAUAAAAUGUCAGAACUUUUAUAUGGAGGAAUUACUACAUGUGAAGCUGAGUGAAUUGGAGAAUUUGGCCAAAAUCAACUUAAAGGAUUUAAAAAAGCUUACCCAUACAUUAAUGAUGAUUUCAGGUGUUUUUCACUUGAUUCAGGGUGGCUGGUACUAAAUGCGCUGAAAUUUACAAUUGAUCAAGGAGAAGAUAUUUAUGAUCCUUAUGUGUUUAACACUCACUUAAGACAGCAAAGGUUUUUAGGCUGCUCCGGGAUUGUUUCUAUUAGUUCUCAGUCGAAUGAUAGGAAUUCAGCACCGAUUGGGAUUAAUAAUUUUAGAUAUGACAGUGUAAAUGAUAUUUUAUAUGAAAAAAUGAUAGGGGCUUAUGAUCAAGGAAGUUUACAGCUGUUUACGUUUUAUGAAGACAUGAAUUGGUAUGAUAAUACAACAAAUACACCACCAGAUAUUGUAAAAAGUGAAAAUGGCUGUCCGUUUAAGGACAGUCAAGUUGAGUACUCAGUAAAAGGUGCUGGAAUGUUUUAUGGAAUUGCUUUUGGAAUUACUAUAAAUACAAUGUUUUUGACUUUUUAUAUAUUAAAAAGGUGGUGGAAUUUAGAAGUUAAUGCAAUAACUGAGAAAAGGCAAAUUCAAUUUGAAGAUUACAUAGCAAUGGUCAUCAUUUUAGUAGAUUUUUUGCAGUUUUUAUCAGUUGGGCCAGAUAUACAGAAUUAUGAUAUUUUUACUUAUACACUAACUCAUAUUGCUUCUAUCAAUUUUAUGAGUGAAGGGAAAUACCUAUGAAUCCAUUUAUAUUUUGCUAUAGGUGGCCUUUGUGCAUGGCUUUUGUUUGGGAUAACUCAUAUUUUUCGUAUUGGAGAAAAUUUAAAUAAUAGCUUUAUCGAUUGUUGAAAGAUCUUAUCGAAAUUAUCAUUACCUAUUCUUGGAAAUGCACUAUUUUUACCAAUUGUGUCAGUAUUUUUAAAUGUAAUUCAAUGCGAUCAACAAAUUGGCUCAAAGUUGACCGACACUUUUGUGAGAAAAGAUUGCAACACUUUUUGCUGAAAAGACGAGCAUAUUUUAUGGGCAACCCUCUCUAUAAUUUGCUUAAUUCUAUAUUUGCCUUUUGCAAUUUAUUUAAAGCCUCAUUGGGACUUCUAUGAAGAUUUUAUCAAUAUAAAAACGCGACCACUUUUUUUGAUGGCGAAAAGUGUUUUCCAAGUCAGCAUUAUUGCUCUCAAUAAAACAGUAAAGCCGCAAAGCCAAGCCCUUCAUGGACUCUUCUACAGUGUUUUAUUAUGUAUUUUAAUAUUUAUUUGUAUGAAAAAGAAGCCUUAUAAUGAAAGCCGCAUGAACCUUUGGCAAAUAAUUUCAUAUUUAGCCAUUUUGUGGAGUGUAGGCUUGUCUUCUUUAUAUUGAAUAAUUCCAAUAAGGAUGCCGGAUGCUUGAAUAUUAUCAGAAUAUUUAGGCUGAAUUUUUUUAAUUAUUGUUGGGCUUUAUAUUCAGAAAAAUUAUUGCCCAAGUAUGCUUUUUAAUGAGCCUGGAAUAAAUAUUGUAAAACUGUUUAGAUUUUCUUUACUCCCUCCUCCGUGAGCGAAACAAACCAUUAGAAAAAUCCCUAUUUUUUGCCCAAAAACCACCUUCAGUGAGCAAAAAAAAUUUUUUAUGGAAAAUAAAUUUGAUAUAUAAAUAAUAAUUAGUAUAAUGAAAUCUGUAGCUAAUUUUGUUUAAUUUUAAACAAAUUGCGUUUUUGAAUAUAAGUUUUUACAAAUUAAAUUAAUAAUUGCUUUCCAAUUUUAUGAGAAGUGGGAUUCUUUUAAAUUUAGAAAAAAAUAUUUUUAUAUAUAAAAUUUAUAUAAAAAAAAAACAUUUAACCCCGAAUAAGUUUUUUUUUUCUCUCACAGAGGGGGGAGUUAGGAAAAUCAAUAGAAGCUUCUGAAAUCAAUAAAGACCUUAAAGAAAAAAGAAAUAAGUAUAGCAUGCACUUAAGCACCUCUAGAAAUUUUCUCAGUAGUUCUGCACAUCAUACUAUUUAUGGAAAAGAAUUAAAAGUUUUUGAAGUUUAA